AUGAAUAUGAAAGAAGUUGUUGUUGUUCCUCAUCUUGUUCUGUUUCUCUUCUUUGCCUUUGGAUUGGCACUUUCAGUCUCUGAGUCCAAAAUUAUUCCUCAUGCUGCUGAUGAUUCUUUCAGUGUUGGCUAUAUUCAGUUUUUGGUAACAAUAAAUACAAGUUGUUCUUCACCAAAGUUUACUACAGAUCAGAUUAGUAUUGUCUUUGGAGAUGCUCAUGGCAACCAGGUAUUUGCACCAAGAUUGGAUGGUUAUCCAAUAUCAGAGACAUUUGGACAAUGUGCCUCAGACACAUUCCAUAGAGAGGGUCCAUGCACACAAAACAUAUGUUUUGCAUACCUAAGAAGAUGUGGUUCCAAUUUUAAGGGUUGGAUGCCUCAAACUGUCCAAAUCUAUUCCCAACACUUAGAACAUCAUGUUACUUUCAAUUUCAACACUUUCAUUCCCAAUGACACUUGGUAUGGUUAUAAUUUCUGCCAAACGCCGCCUCCGCCACCUCCUGUUCCUCCUCAUGAAGAUUCUCCUCCACCACCAACGUCGCCGCCACCACAUCCUCCUCAUCAUGAUGAGCCUCCUCCUCCACCUCCACAUUAUCAUUCUCCCCCGCCACCAUCACCAUCACCUCCACCUCCUUCUCAACCUCCUCCACCACCACCAUCACCAUCACCUCCUCCCCCAUCUCCUCCCCCUCCACCACCAUUACUGCCUCCUCCUCCUCCUCCUGCACCGUCUUCUUCAAACCAUUUGUGCAAUCAAAAUUGGAUUAUAUACUUGGUUGUAGGACUUGUUCUUAGUAUAAUUUGGAUGUAGCUAGUUUAAAUUUAAUUUGAUGCACUUUGAAUAUGUUCUAUAUAUGACUUUAUGUCUCUUAAAUUUGUAGCAACGGAACUCAAUUUAUAAUCUAGGAUGUAGGGACACUAUAUCUAUAUCUAUGUGUUGUACGGAUAUGAAAUCUCUGAGAAAAAAAAUAAAAGAAUGACUAGAGGUACCGGUGGUUGGUCAUACAAAUGCAUGUGCGGCGGUUUGCAUGUGUUGCAACCAACCCUUGAAAUCAA